AUGGAGUUGAGCCGAAGUGAACCUCCUCAGGGGCUAACCUCCGAGGAACUUUCCGAGCUUGAGCCCCUUAUUGGCACCUACCACAAAUUCGAGCCGUCCCCCAGCAAAUGCACGUCGCUAAUUACGCAACGAAUCGAAGCUCCGACCGGGCUCGUCUGGCCCUUAGUCCGGAGCUUCGACAACCCCCAAAGGUACAAGCAUUUCAUCAAGAGCUGCAACAUGACCGGGGAUGGUAGCGUCGGUAGCAUAAGGGAGGUCACCGUGGUCUCGGGCCUCCCGGCGUCCACGAGCACUGAGAGGCUAGAGAUAUUGGACGACGAGAAGCACGUGCUGAGCUUUCGGGUCGUCGGAGGCGAGCACAGGCUCAACAACUACAAGUCGGUUACUUCGGUGAACGAGUUCGAGAAAGAGGGCAAGGUUUACUCGGUGGUUUUGGAGUCGUAUGUGGUUGAUAUACCGGAAGGGAAUACCGUAGAGGAUACGAAGAUGUUUGUGGACACUGUGAUCAAAUUGAACCUGCAAAAGCUUUCUGUGGUGGCCAUGGCUAAUCUGCAUGGGGGUGGACAAGAAUAG